AUGGACCCUGCUACUGGGUCAUACAUGCAAUACAAUAAUGAUAACGAUGCUGAUUUGAGCUCGUUUUUCCAUGGUCUUGAACAAUAUGCUACUCCCGAUAUUUCUUCCUCGACCCAAUUCGAUCCUGCUCUAUUUGCCGAGGAUAGCUUGGCGCCUUUCUCGAACCAGCAAAACCAGCAGAACCAGACCUCGCAAGCAACAACAAAUCCGAAUUUCAACCAGGCUCAGAGACAAACGCAAUCACACAGUCCGGCUCUUCCACAGUUCAAACCGAGUCGGAGCAACACAUUAUCACCAGCUCAAUAUGGUCAGAAUGUCUAUAAUGCCCAAGCCAUGGGACAAUCUUUCGACCCUCAACUGCUCGCGAGACCGACGCCGUCCCCCGGACCAUUCGACCAAUACUCUUACGCACCGCAACAGAUGAACUAUGGUCAAUCCCAGUUCGACUACCGCUUCAACAGCUUUCAACCACAGCGGCAGGCAUCGGCACCCCAACAGGCGUUUCACCCCCAAGUUGGGCAACAUGCACAACACUUUAUGAAUGGAUCACGAUCUUCGUCGCAGGCACCGCCACAUAUGUCACAGGUCCAGGUGAGAACGAUGCCUGAGCCUGCCGUUGUCACGGCUAAUCAAAUGAAGGGCACAAAUGGAUUAUCCUACCCCUUUCAGCAGGCCAACCAUAACCAACCACAACAUCGCUUCAUCGAGCCAUCAUUACUAAACGCUGAUGGUCAGCUGCGUCAGAAUCAAGCUCAAGCUCCUCAAUCCAAGCAGAUGGAAUCGUCACCCUAUUUUGCCAUAGCGAACACGAAAAUCACCAACAACACCCUGGAUCCACGAGCACUUCAGAUGCAACAACACUAUGCCCAAAUGCAACAAACUCAGACCUCAAAGCCUGGUGGACCAUAUAUGUCGGCUAUGCAAAGUGGACAGGUGCAAAAUUUAUUUCCAGCACAGCUUCAAGUCGCGCAGAAUGCUGUUUCGAGACCUGUUCAGCAGCCGAGAAUGUUGAAGGAUAGCAAAUCGUCCGGAAGCAUAACAGGCUCUGACGAUGACUUGGAAAUCGAAGAUGAAGAGCCACAGCCGAAACCUGCGGUCAUCACAAUUGCUAGGCCGACUGACGAGCGAGGUCAACUGUUGUGGGACGUCGUUAAUGCUGUAUGGGCGCCUCACAACAAACCUGCACCUUCAGAGCAGAUUCGUACUGCUAUAACUUUUGUUGGAUCUGCUGUCCAGGGACUUCGUAACAAAUGGAAGCAGACAAACGAGCAGCUAAAACAAGCUGAGCUUCCAAAUUCGGCCACUCGGAACCAAGUCGAUAGACUAAAAGCGAUGGCUGAAAAUUACCGAGCCAUUAUGGAGACGUUGGCCUUUAGAAUUACACAGUUUGCGCACCCAUCAAUCUUGAAAAGAUUAGGAGAGAACUCGUUUCUCUUGUCGGCACUGUACAGCUUUCUGCUUGAUCGAGCCACUGCGGAAGAUCACAACAGCACUUUAGUAACCACUGUCUUGCGCUUAGGCACCAAGCUAACUACAGUGCACGAAGAGCAGCUUGAAAAAGUCAAGUGGACGAAAAUACUUGCAAGAUUCUCUAAGAAAUCAACAAACGAGUCGAAAGAUCUUGCUCUGAUUAUUCUCAACAACGCCAAAAAGGCUACUGCUAGGAAGAAGACUGAGGCAUCAGGUCAGGGUCCUGCGUCGCCGUCAGGCAGUUCCAGCGGCCAAGUCGCAGGCAUAAAGAGACCUAGAGAAGGCAGUGACGGUGCACAACAAGCAAAGAAAGCUGCAGUAAAGCCGGCAUCGAAACCACUUAGCGUUCAGCUAGCUGAACAGAAGAAGUUGAAAGAGAAAGUGGCAGUGGCCAAGGACGUCAGAGCAGCGAAGGCUCCAGUCAAUGGAUCGAGUAAUGCUUCUGCGCCUAUUCGCCCUAAGGUCGCAAGCACAGUACCGCAGAAGUCCAGUCCUUUUGCUUCCCUGAUGUCGGCCUCCAAGAGGCCCGGCACCACAAUCGCUGAACGUGCUGCUAAGGAAAAGGUCGACGUGCCUGCAGUAAAAGCUGCUGCUCCUACCGUCGGAAAGGAGCCUCUGGCCAGGCCCGAGCCUCCUAUUGCAAGGACGACUUCCGCACCGGUCGCAACUACUUCAGCAUCGUCCUUUCUUGGCCUGCUCGCCGACAUGGAAAAGCCCAAGGACUCACCCAAAGCGAAGGUGGAAGAUGUGUUUGACGAAACUCCAGAAGCACGCGUGAAGCGUUUGCGCAAGGAGUCAAGACGGAAACUACGUGUUUCGUGGAAACCGGAAGGUCAGCUUGUAGAAACCAAGAUUUUCGAACACGAUAUCGACGAAGAGACUGGGCACGAGGAUAGCAUGAUGCGAGACGUAGGUGAUACAGGAAAGGAGGGUGAAAUGCUCAAGCAUCGUCACAAGCUGGAGGAGAUGGACGAAGACUCAGAUGACGAGAUUGAUUAUUUCAUGCCUACGGAAGUUGACCUUUCUGAUAUGCAUACGGUAAUCAAGGAGAACUCAGCCGAUGGAGAGGAGCACAACUUUGUAAAAUGUGGCGGAAACGCCGAGCCGGAAAGUCCCGCCAGUGAAGCUCAAAGUAAGCAUGAGUCGGGCAAUAUGAUGACUGUGUACGCGGCAGGAGAGCAGCCCAAUACACCGAAGGAGCCACAAGAGGGUGAGGACGAUGACUUCAACCCAGUUCUUGACUUUGGAGAGCCUUCCGAUGGUCAAGUAGCGGUGCGUCAGCGUGAACAACAAGUGAUUGCCAGACGCAAUGCAUAUCAACCGCAAGUACAACCACAAUUCAGUGGUAUUGAUGUUGCCUCUGUUCUGUCAAAUCUAUAUCCGCAGUCCAAUCAACAGCAGACAUGGUCUCAGCAGCCACAAGGCCAAGCUCAGCAGCAAUAUCAGAAUUCAGGUCUACAAAGUCUGCUUGCACAGGUUGCGCAGUCACAGCAGCAACAGAACAUGUUUCAGGCUCCUGCUCCUGCUGUUCAACCGACUGUUACCACUGCUGCAUUUCCACCCAACAUCGCAGCUCUUCUGGGUCAAUUGCAACAGAACCCACAAAACAAUGCUUCUUUACCCGUUGGCAAUGGAGACAACCCCAAUCCUUUCCCGGGCACACAACAGAAAGAUAAGAAGAAGGACAAGGACAAGAAGAAAGGCAAGGCACCAAUCGGACCUGAUGGAUUGCCGCUGAACUACAAAACCAAGAUCUGCCAGUUCUGGUUAGAAGGCAAGUGCACCAAGGGCGAUGCUUGCACAUAUCGGCAUGACCAAACUGGAGGCGAGUAG